UUCCCAAUUCCCAGCAUUACAGAAUUUCAUUUUUUCUUAAUACGGACAAGAAAAACAGCGCGAACUAAUGUUUUCCACCCCUACAUUAUUCUGGACUUCAAAUUAAUAGCUAUAAGAGAACUUCUUGUAGGUAGCUGGUAGUGCCAGUAAAACGAAUCGUUUGCUGUUUACCAAGAGUCCAAGUUUCUCCAUUUCGCCAGUUCUUGCUUCUUAACGACUGCAGCUCAUGCUGGUGGCUUGAUUUAGUCACCGAAUGUGUUGGCUCUGCACUCUGAGUACUAGUUGGCCGUAGUUGCAAUUAUCUUUUUUACAUUCGUGAAAAAUACAAUGGUUCAAGACAAGAUAAAAACGGAGCCUGACAGUUCGACCAUGGAUGUGGAUAAUCAGCAAGAGCUGGACGCCAAAGGUCUCCUUAAAGAAAUGGAGGAUGCUGAGAAAGCCUAUCCAUAUAUUGCGGGAGAAGAUUGGUACAUUAUCAGUACGAAAUGGCGGAAUCAGCUGAAGAAAUAUUUGGAGGAGAAUGCGGAAAAUCCCACUACCAAUCCUGGUCCGAUUGAUAACAGCGAAAUUAUUGAACGAGUGGACAAUGUGAAUUACGUGAAACCGGAUGACGUCGUUACGCGUGAGGAGUUUGAGUUUUUACCAGAGCGAUUAUGGAAAAAAUUGGCUGCUCGCUUUGGGUGUGUGGAAAGCCUGGAGAAGCAAGAGAUCUUGGCCAGAGUCUAUGAAUCCUCCCCCCUUAAUUUUCAGAUCGAAGCGCGGCCCCUCAUCGUGGAAUGCUGUUUGUAUCCGGAUAUCCAGAAGAUCGAAAAAGUUCGUGUGCGACGAGGCUCCACUAUUCGAGAAUGUGUGCAAGAUCUCUUCAUGAAGUUCGCUGUGGAAAGCAAAAAGUGUCGUCUUUGGCUGUAUCAUCCCGAUGGUACGCUGGACAUGCCCGAGCCAAACCCUGAUAAGCGGGUCAAUGAACUGGAUCUGUCUAUUCAUCACUUGGUCAUCCUGGAAGUGGGGCACGAUGAAAACUUUGAACUGGACAAUGAUAAAGCCAAAGACCGGCUGCGUGACGGCCUUCGCAUGCAGCGUAAUGCCGCAAACAGACCAGUGGAGGAAAAGAAGUCGUACAAUCUGAGGUCCAGCCAGCAAAAUCGGUCAGAUAUCUCCUCCUGGAGUAUUGUCAGCCGCUUGGAUGAUUCGUCGUCCCAGCAGCCCGGACUGGUCGGGUUGGGCAAUUUGGGAAAUACCUGCUUCAUGAAUUCUUCGCUCCAGUGCAUCAGUAAUAUCCCUGAAUUGACCAAGUAUUUUGUCACUAAAGAUUAUGAGAAAGACUUGAACACGGAUAAUCCUUUGGGAAAGGGUGGAGAAGUAGCCAAAACAUACGCUGAUCUCGUCACUCAGAUUUGGAUGCCUAGUAGAGGUGGUGUGAUUUACCCGUCUAAAUUCAAGAGUAUUAUGUCGCGUUAUACUCAUUUGUUUAACGGAGCUCAACAGGACUCACAAGAAAGCAUGCAGUUUAUUAUUGACUGCUUACACGAAGACCUCAAUCGCAUUCGAAAGAAGCCGUACAAAGAGCAAAACGAUGAAGAGGAUCCUAAUAAAAGCGAUGCGGAAAAGGCCAGUGAAUCAUGGGAAGCUUAUACCGCUAGGAACAGCUCAGUGAUUGUGGAUUUAUUUUGUGGCCAAGUCCGUUCCGUUUUGAAGUGUCCUGACUGUAAAAAGACUUCCACCACUUUUGAUCCCAUGAUGUAUUAUUCGCUGCCGCUGCCUUCUAACCAAAUGAGGAAGAUUGUCUACACUUUUAUACCGUACAAAGUCAAUUUGCCACCUAUAAAGAAAUCAGUUAACGUAUCCAAAAUUGGGACUUUCAAUGAUCUUCUCGCUGAAGUGAGCAAGCAAGUUGACACGGUGCCCCCAGAUUGCCUCAUGGCUUGUGAUCUUCACGAGAAUCGAGUUGUAACCGUUUACCAGGGAACUUCCUCCAUUGAUACAUUAGGAGAACGGACACGUCUUUAUGUUUAUGAAUUACCUUGCAAAGUCAACGACGAGGAAAAAGUUCCGGUCGUGGUGUAUAUUCGAAAAAUUAGACCUGAAGUUUCGUCGUCGUAUUUUUCGUCUUCUAAUAUGACGAUAUACGACAUUCCUUUCGUUAUUGCUGUACCCAAAAAAGGAAUGCGUUCAUCGGAUCUGUACGUUUCCUUAUAUUUGAAGUUGCUACCCCGACUAGGCCCGCACGCUAACCUGCUAAAGAAGGAAGAAACGGUCAAUAUUGGUGACAGCUCAGAGCCGAACUUAACAAAUGGUAAUGCAGAUGAUGUUCCUACCGCGGACGUUGACGGAAAUUCCAUGGACGAAGAAAUCUUUCCCGACAACGCCAAUUCGCAAAUUUUCAAUGCUAUAUUGGCUGCUCCGAAGAUUUUUUCAGUUUGUACGAUCAACCAGAAUGGCAGUGUAUCCCUUGAUGAGAUCAAGAUGAACCAGAAGGCCCGUGUGUCGUUCAAGACCACCCACAGCACCAGCCAAGCGUAUUUGGCAAUGGACUUCCGUGGAGAGAUUUUGGAUAAACUGUUUAUGAAAGCUCCCGAACCGGUUAUGGACUUGGACAAGAAUGUAACGUACGGACGGACACCAGAGACGGUUGACCUGAAGGACUGCUUCAGACUCUUCUUAAAACAGGAGAAACUUGGUGAAGCAAACAUGUGGAGAUGCCCAUUUUGCAAAGAGGAGAAGUGUGCGGUGAAAAAACUGGAUUUAUACAAAAUGCCCCAGUAUAUGUUCGUGCAUUUGAAGCGAUUCCAGUACAAUCGCUUUUACCGCGAGAAACUGAAUACGAAAGUGAAAUUCCCUGUGACUGGAUUGGAUAUAAGUGAUUUGGUCAUCAACCGCGACGAACGUCCUGUAGUAUACGAUUUGGUGGGUCAGUCGUGUCACUCUGGUGGACUGGGCGGCGGGCAUUACUGGGCGGUAUGUCGGAACGAACAGGACCAGAAAUGGUAUAAUUUUAAUGAUUCCUCGGUUCGACCGGCUGACCACACUGACAUGGAGAGUGAAACCACUCCAUAUAUUCUGGUUUUUCGACGCCGAGCGGUGAAGGACUGCCAGACGUCAUCGGAUUCUAAUGAGCCAUCAAAUGCGCAAGCGUCUAUGGAUGUGGAUAGUAUUUAAACAUGUGCGAACUGAUCUUUCAUGGUUUUCGCUUGUUUGCGUUGCACGUGGUGCAUUUCUGCUUGAUUGUGUAACAGAAUUGCGAAAAGUUCAAAAUUAUUUAUGUCAUUAUAGUAGGAGUUUAUUUAUGUGUAAUUUACCUGAACGGCUGAACUGCUUUGCAAAGUUCUAAAAAUGGAGUUUUCGUAUGGGCAUAAACGGAAAUCGUAU